GAAAAAGGAAAAAUAAAUUUCUUCGCUCCAUAACGUGUGGCCAAAAAUGGUGAUCCAACACUAGAAGCGAAAGACCUUUCCUUCUCUCCCUCCUCAAAAUGCCUUCCACUUUUCUUCCCCAAAUCAUUCUGAUUUCUGAACCAUCGCUCAAAUGGCUCUCCUGCUCCAACACCCAUCUCUCUUCCGCACAACUUCGUUUCUCUCCACAUACAAAACCCCUUUGAUCACCCUCUCGCAGACCCCAAAAUCAAUAGCCUCCAGGAAACCCAGAAACUGGGCAGUGAAGUGUACUACUGUGGUAGCGCCCGAAAUCGGAAGUGGAAGCAACGAAGAUGUUCUUGUUAGUGAGGAGAAAGGAAGAGUUAAUGUGGUGGAUUAUGAUUGGACAGAGGAAUGGUACCCACUGUAUCUAGCUAAGAACAUACCAGAAGAUGCGCCUUUGGGUUUGACAGUUUUCGAUAAACAAGUUGUGUUGUAUCGCGAUGGUAAAGGCGAGCUUCGGUGUUACGAGGAUCGCUGUCCUCAUAGGUUAGCAAAACUUUCUGAAGGCCAGUUAGUUGACGGAAGACUAGAAUGUCUGUACCAUGGGUGGCAGUUUGAAGGUGAUGGAAAGUGUGUCAAAAUCCCUCAGCUUCCCGCAGAUGCAAAAAUCCCUCGGUCAGCAUGCACCAAGACAUACGAGGUAAAAGACUCCCAAGGUGUCGUGUGGAUAUGGAUGUCACACAAAACCCCACCAAAUCCCACCAAAAUCCCAUGGUUCGAAAACUUCGCUCGACCCGGAUUCCGUGAUUUCUCAACCACUCACGAGCUUCCAUACGAUCACUCCAUUCUUCUAGAAAACCUAAUGGACCCUGCCCAUGUCCCCAUUUCACACGAUCGAACCGAUUGGAGCGCUAAACGCGAAGACGCCCAACCGCUUCGUUUCAAAGUAACCGAACGAACCGACCGCGGGUUCGCCGGUUGGUGGGGCCGCGAAGCGGACAAUUCCACCCCAAACUUUCUAAAAUUCGAGGCCCCGUGUAAUCUACAAAAUAACCGGGAAAUUAUCGAUAAAGAUGGCGUGACAAAUUAUUUCUCCGGGCUUUUCUUAUGUCGGCCCACGGGGCAAGGAAAAUCGAUGCUUAUUGUUAGAUUCGGAAGCACGAAAAGAUCGCCAUUAGCAAAUCUUUUCCCCGAAUGGUAUUUCCAUCAAAACGCGGGUAAAGUAUUUGAACAAGAUAUGGGAUUUUUAUCGUCUCAAAACGAGAUUUUGAUGAGAGAGAAAAAACCGACGAAGGAACUUUAUAUUAAUUUAAGAUCCUCGGAUACAUGGGUGGCGGAGUAUAGAAAAUGGAUGGAUAAAGCUGGGCACGGGAUGCCGUAUCAUUUCGGUCACAGUACGAUUUCGAUGCCGGAAGUGGCGGCGGUGGUGGAGCAUGCUCCGGCGGGGCUUGUGGCGAGUAUUGCCGCUUCGUCUCCGGCGAAGGGCGGAAUUGGAACAAAACAUGCACCGAAUCUUGCGAAUAGGUAUUUUCGGCAUGUUGUUCAUUGUAAAGAGUGUCGGAGUGUGGUGAAGGCUUUUGACGCGUGGAAGAAUGGGCUGUCGGUGGUGGCUGCUGUGGCGGUGACUUUUGCGAUUUUCGUGUCUGGGCGGCAGUGGAAGGCUGCUCUGUUGUUGGCAACGGCGGUUUCUGUGGCGGGAGCUUACGCAUGCUCGACUCUUGUGGCGAUGAAUACGACCAAUUUCAUUAGAACUCAUCGGAGACUGUAG